AUGGAGCAGACUCUCAUGCUGGGGGUGGAGGGGGUGAGGAAGACAAUCCUUCAUGGAGGCUCCUCUGAGAUGCCCCGGUUCAUCAGCGGAACUAAGGUGACGUUCCACUUCCGGACGCAGCUGUGCGACGACGAGCGCACGGUACUGGACGACAGCAAGAAGGUGGGCGUGCCCAUGGAGGUGGUGAUCGGGAACAUGUUCAAGCUGGAGGUGUGGGAGACGCUGCUCACCUCCAUGCGGGUCGGGGAGGUGGCCGAGUUCUGGUGCGACGUGACGCACACGGGCCUGUACCCCAUGGUGGCGAAGAGCCUGCGGCGCAUUGCGGAGGGCAAGGACCCGGUGGACUGGCACGUCCACACCUGCGGCAUGGCCAACAUGUUCGCCCACCACAGCCUGGGCUACGAGGACCUGGACCAGCUGCAGAAAGAGCCGCGGCCCCUCUACUUCGUCCUGGAGCUGCUGAAGGUGGAGCAGCCGAGCGAGUACGACCGGGAGUCGUGGGCCAUGAGCGACGAGGAGAGGCUGAAGGCGGUGCCGCUGCUGCACGGCCAGGGGAACAAGCUCUUCAAGCAGGGCCGCUACCAGGACGCCUCCAACAAGUACAAGGAGGCCAUCAUCUGCAUCAAGAACAAUCAGACCAAGGAGAAGGCGUGGGAUGCUCCCUGGAUGAAGCUGGAGAAGAUGGCGCACACUCUCACCCUGAACUACUGCCAGUGUCUGCUGCGCACGGAGGAGUACUAUGAGGUCAUCGAGCACACCACUGACAUCAUCAACCAGCACCCAGGGGUUAUGAAGGCGUAUUACCUGCGGGCCAAGGCUCACGUAGAGGUGUGGAACGAGGCAGAGGCCCACGCAGACUUCCAGAAAGUUCUGGACCUGGACCCGGGGAUGCGGAAGGCGGUGAGGAAGGAGGUGCAGGUGCUGAACAUGCGCAUGGAGGAGAAGAGGGAGGAGGACAGGAUCAAAUACAAGGGCAUGUUCUGACCCCAGGAUCCGACCUCAACCCCCACUGGCGCUCAACAAGGGCAUGUUCUGACCCUGGGAUCCGACCCCAACCCCUGCUGCCACUCAACAAGGAACCGUUCUGUCCCCAGGCUCCAACCCCAUCCCAUGCUGCUGCUCAACAAGGGCAUGCUCUCACACCGGGUUCUAACCCCACCCCCCCGGUGGUGUGCACAAUGUCAGCUGUGUGCGACAGUAGCUGUGUCCAUCCCGGGUAGGGCCGCUCUCCAGCUGUACCUGCAACUGCACCAGAACCUUUGCCCUUUCACCACAGAAUCGGGAGAAAGCACUUCUCCCUCUUGUAAUAAAAGAGUCUGCAACAGACCACAUUAAUGCUUCAUCAAUAAACGUCACUCACAGGAA